AUGUCUGGUGUUGAAACCAUCCUUCUUCCUGCCCUGAUCCCUGCUGGUGCUAGCAUUAUCGCCGUCGUUGUUCCAAUGCUGAUUCCGGCUAAGGGCGAGGAGCUUGUGGAUGACACUGACAUUCUACUUGGCAAAUUCCUGGAUCUCUAUAAUGAAUGUAAGCCCAAAAUGACCCAAGUCCAAAUAAACAAUGCAGAAAUGCUGAGGCGACAAGCUUAUACAAAGCGUAAACACCUCGAUGGCUUGCCUAAAGGCCUGAGAGCUUGCUGGCAAGGCGCAUAUGCCAGCGCAUACAGCCUUCAAGAGGGUCGAAACUUGAAGGCGAUAGAGACUGGUCUAAGCAACUCUGGAGAUGCAAACAUAGAUCUGCAGUCAUCAGAAUCCGAGUCGUCGAUGCGUGACAACAAUGUAUCGCCUUCGAGCAAGUCCAUUAAGGCCAUUAUGCUUUUCCCCUUUCGUCGUGAUCGCAAGAAACAAGAAGACACCGGCGACGAUGACGUUGCGCGCUUGCACACCGCCAGCCAACAAUUAUCCGAGUUCGUCUCCGCCCAUACAGACAGGCUGCAUACGGUCAGCGUGGGCGUUAUCCCUCCUGGAGAUAUUGAUAGUGUCACUGUUAUCGGUGACGACGAAGCACCUGGAAGCGGGGUCGAUGCAAUCUCGGACGACGCCUUUCGCAGUUCAGACCAAACUGAAGACACCGUACUACCCGGGAUGUCGGCUGACGCCAAUGUCGAGCCCCUUAGUAUGGCUGAAAGGCAGGCCAUUACGGAUGUAUUACACUUCGCCCCAGGUCCUGGCAAGCAUGACAAUUCUGACACCGUCUCUCUGGCGCCUAGUGUGCACACCAUCUAUAUUCCUGGUGUAGCGUAG